AUGGAAGAGGCAAAAAGACUUCUAGAUAUACUUCUGGCAAGAAGAGCAGCAGCCAAAAAGGCCACAACAGUAAAGAGUCAGGAGGAAAGGACCAGCCUGGAGUCUGAAAGUGAACUCUCAGAUGGCUCUGAAGUGGAUGACGAGAUUACAGAGCCUGGAGAUGAUGAGUCUGACAGCUUUGAAAUGGAUGAAAAUA